AUGGGUCGCCCAGGUCACUUGCUUGCAAAUCCGAUUCCAGCGGAUGAAGGGGAAAGAACUGAGGAAGGUGAAAUCACGACAGAGUCUACUGGAAACGCGACCCGGGAACCUGACAUCGCUCACGGGUGUCCAACUAUCCCCCGUGUGCAAGCAGGAGUUCGAGACUGCAGUUACUACUGCAAAUAUGUAAGGAAAAACCAUACCUGGCUAUAUGGACAUUAUUCGGAUGGCAUAUAUUGCUGGCAGCAAGUUUAUCCUGGCAAGGUGUUUGGGGUCAAGAACAACUUUCACCAGCGAAAAGUUCAAGACGCGUGAUUGAAGAAAAUAAAGUUGCCUCUGU